AGUACCAUGCCUCAAUCUAUGUUUCCCUUGCCUCCUUUGUCAUCUCGAGACGACCAAGAACAUACUACAGUCUUGACGCAAACUGUAUCAUAUUCAUCGAUGGAAAUACAUGGCUUAUGUUCCAACCACAUAACCCUGGAACCGUCACCAGCUCUAGCCUUCGGCUUCAGAUCCCACAAAGCACCUGGGACUCGCUGUCCUACCUGUGCUCUUGCAGGCAAAGAAGUAUGGGUAAUUCCAGGCCGUGCUUGCGGAUAUUGCGGGACUCCCUGUGUUGACUAGGAAUCGCAAAACACUCAAACCUCAGUAACUGAUAAAUUAUAUAUGGCUGAUGUGCUCGGCAAUGCAGACGUGCAAGUUGCUCAACUAAUGUCUUCCGCUAGGCGAGAACUGCGGGAGUUGAAGACUCCAAAGUCGGGCAAAAGCGAUUGUGCAUAAUAAGAAUAACCGGAUUGGCGAGACUUUACUGGUUAGAAUGAUGAGCUACGCCAAGAUCAAAAUGGUGAUGAUCGCAGAAGAGCGUUGACCAGCUUAUAAUAUGGAGUUGACGGCUCUAUAUGAUCUGAUGGCAUAAACAAGCCUGCAUCUGCGCUUGGUGUUUGAGCAGAUGUCACAAAAAGUCAGUGUGCUCUUUCGCGAAUUGGCUUUUGUCGAGUGAGACCCGCCGUGCGUCUGCGACUUAAUGCCAUUCGAACUUACGAAACACGAGUCAAGUCAAUCUCUAAUGCCGUGGCUGAGCUGAUAUAUGACCGGAGGAUGGGGCUUAUACACCAUAUACCAAGGCGAUGUUACCAGCAUGUUGGGGGUGUAUUGACCACUGACCUGCGUCAGCCACACAGUUCCGCAGGAUCUCUAUGGACAAAACGCAUGAGGUGCAUAAGAUGAUCGAGUGGUUAACCGAUCGGAUUGACAGCAGGGAUCUGAUGACCAA